AUGGCUACAUCUACGGGUCUCUUACCACUCACGCCGGAUGAAAAGUACGAUCUCAUUGAAUCGAACCUCCAAGAAGUCAUGCGAGAGGACCUCAUUCGCACUAUCCUGCCAAAUCGUCCACUCCGAAUUUACUGGGGAACAGCCACAACGGGUCGCCCACACGCAGCCUAUUUUCUGCCUGCUAUCAAGAUCGCUCAAUUUUUGAAGGCCGGGUGUGAAGUCAAAGUUCUCCUCGCUGACCUUCAUGGCUUCUUAGAUGCCGACAAAGCACCAGAAGGUGUCCUAGAGUUUCGCGCUCAGUACUACGAGCGUACGAUCCGGGCCAUGAUUCAGGCUGUUGGUGUAGACUUGGCCAAUUUGACAUUCGUUCGCGGGAGCUCCUACCAGCUGACACCUGACUUCACUCGUGCCCUCCUACGACUCAGUAAGCGCGUGUCUGUGCAUGACGCGGUGAAGGCUAGCAGCGAGAUCGUGAAAUCCACUGGCGAGCCCGCUAUGGCGGAUGGCAUGUACCCAAUGAUGCAACUACUGGACGAGGAAUGGCUGGGAUGCGACGCACAAUUCGGUGGCACGGAUCAACGCAAGACGUUCGCACUUGCGACCGACACAAUGUCCAAGUUGGGUUACAAGACCCGCGCACACUUAAUGAACCCAAUGGUGCCAGGUUUGACCGGUGGCAAGAUGAGUAGCUCUGAUUCUAAAUCGAAGAUCGACCUGCUGGAUGAUGCAGCAACUAUUCAGAAGAAGAUCAGCAAGGCAGUCUGCGCGCCUCGCCAAGUCGAGGGCAACGGCAUCCUAGCCUUUAUGCAGCACGUUCUACUGCCCUACUCGCAAUUGCAGUCAUUCGAUGGAAAGACCUCAGCCAUUCAAGUUACGUUGAAGGAUGGAGUAGAGCCCACUGCCUUGACAUCGUUUGCCGAGGUCAAGGAGGCCUACAACGCCGAUGAACUGACGCCGCAGAUAGCGAAGAAGCUCGUUGCAGACACUCUUGUCAAAUUGACUACCGAGAUUCGUCAGAAAUAUGAGGCUGACAGUGAAUGGCAGUCCAUCGCCGAAGCUGCUUAUGCGACGCCCCAAAAAGCUCCCACAAAGCAGAAAAAGGGUAAGGAGGACUCUACUAGGAAAGUCUCUGAUAAUACGAGCUCGUCCGAAAACAUUCACAAGUAG